AGUAAUACUGUAAGAGGGUAAAAAAAAUAUAAAAAAAGUUUUUUGCGAGGAAGUGCGGAUAAUUUCUCCUGCAACUCGAUGUUGCCAUCACAUGCACGUCGCUUAUACAUUUAUGUAUGCAAUGGUUUAUUCACUAGUGAUGCAUAAACUGCAGGUACACGAGAUGAAAGGUGAUAGUGCAUUCUUAAAUCAAGCAAUUUAUGCAGCCAAUUCAUGCUGCAUUGGUGACAGUUGUGUGCAUUCUGAGUCAACAAGCAACGAGGCAUGGUGACCACUUAGGCUAUUAAACUGAUGCCUAUAAAGAGGGGUGAGAGUAGCGUGCAGCAGGCAGAGACUGGUGGACUGCUGACGAGUGCGUAGUGGUCAUGACCGAAGUUGGACCAUCCUCCCCCGAACUCGGGACUCCAGAGUCCUGCUCUGUCGCUGUUCGGACCAUUGGACCUUGUUCAGUCGGCGUGCAGACGACUGGACUUUGUUCGGUCUGGCCCCACACCACUGGGCACUGUUCGGUCGGGUCACGGACCACUGGGCACUGUUCGGUCGGGUCACGGACCACUGGGCACUGUUCGGUCGGACCACGAGCCACUGGACACUGUUCGGUCGGGCGUCGAACCACGGAACUGUACUGGUCUGCUUCCUGGACCCGUUUUGUGAUUUGUAUCCCCGGUUUUAGUCACAUGAUUCGCGAAUCCAACGAAGUUGAAAAGUUGCUCUGUGAUGUGGACCAAAGCAGUGGUGUAAACCGUUGUUGCUGCUGUGCUUGCCUCCUCUCAGCCGUGCCUCCGUCUACUGGUGGAAACCAGGUUAACAGACCUAGGCGGUCCAGACACCAAGAAUCGACUCGAGCGGAAAAAAGCGCCUGGAGAGACAUUUUGCACGUUUUCUUAAGUUUACGGAAGAUGGUGAAAAAGAUCUACGUGAAGAUGGGUCACUUGAGUGACCUGCGGCACCGGCUCCGACGGAUAAAGAAGGCAAGUGAUUGACAUCCUCGCUUUCUGUAUUUUUAACAACUUUUAAGUGAUAUGCAAGUAGAAGGUAUGAAUGAAAAUGUGUAAAUGGUGUCUUAAAGUUACUAAUUUGUAGUGUUAUCAAAACUGUGUACGUACUUUUAACAAAUUUGUAUAUUAAUCACUGAAAAAAGCUGGUAAUUGUCGUGGGCGAAGGCAAACUAGUAGGCAGCCCCAGCACCUUUUUUCCUACAUGUGUAAAGGCGAAGAGAUGCCCACCUGUACAGUCAUUCCCAUCCUGUCUGCAGAAGAGCGUAUACCACUCUGGCAAAUGUAAGAAAUUCAAUUGAAGAGAAAGAAUAAGUGUUAUGUCAUAUACGUAAGACAAUUGUACGAAUACACAGCUGUAGCAUGAAGCUCACGUUUAAUAAAAAGCACAAACGAAAUAAAAAAGGAGGGUAUACCAUUAAACUUUAACGGAAUGAAGAAUGGAACACUUAAGACUGCAUAAUAUACGUUGAUGACGGUGAAAGUGAGAUGCAUGAAAUGCUCAUGUCAUUAAAAAAAGAAAUAAUUUGGACAUUCGAGAGGACGAACAAGGAUGUUGACCAUGGGAAGGGCAACAAGGAGGGAAAGCAGUUGGUAAGUGGUCGCCCGGGUGGAAACAGUCACAUGUGCAAGCUGAUCGGACGAGUCACUGAUGUCGGGAAAUAAAUUCACAACGCUGAGUAGUAAAGUAGAAUAAUUAUGGGACAAUAUAGUCGGAGACUGUUUGUAUUAAAUAAAACGAGAUGGUUAAUAAAGACGGGCCCAAGAGCUUGAGCUAAUACUAACAAUGCGAUGUAAAUAAACUCACGAGGGGAUCUCCCUAGCUUCUCUCUUCCCCUUCCCCCUCCUUUUCUGCCCCCUCAGGGCGAGAACAAACAGGAUAUCAGCAGCGUAUACAUGCAUGACUGGCAAGAGUAAGAAUUUCCUUCAGGUGGUUGUGGUAUU